AUGGAGAAUGAAAUGGAACGUGAACAAGACUAUGACAUGGCUAACGAGGGAGAUGUGGAGUUUUGCGAGCCUGAAAUUGUUGUUGAAAACGUGGAGUUCGAAACGCCAAGUGACUCAAUCGACUAUGUAUUAUAUAACCUCGUUGUUUCUGUUGUUGAUACAGAAAGCGACGAAGACGACGCUGAAUUUGUUGAGGCUAUAAGCGAAAAUGAGAGUAAAAUAUUGUUUCCCUGCUCCCAAUACACGAACAUCUGCAAGUCAAAACGGGAGGCUAGCCUGACGAAACACACAAACUCGCAGCAUCGUGAUGCUGUUCAUUUUAUACCUUCGAGCACAACAAAAUCUGCCGAACAGGAGGAAACGCGUCUUUCGAAAGAGAAUCUAGCUUCUAUUGUCAUCGACAUUAAAACAAAGCUAAUAAAAGAAGAAUUAUUCGGACCUGAUAUAAACUCUGCUCUCAAGAAAGUCUCGUCAAGUAAGAACAAGUCUUUCCUCAUGACAAAUCAGGACAAAAUGUUAGAAGAUUUUUACGGGUUAUUGCUUAUAUGUAAAUUUUUCAACUUAUGA